CUCAACAGUCAUUGGAGAGCGUGGAACAGGAGAUGGAAAGGGGGACAGGGGUCUGACCAGAAGGGCAUUCUGAGCCAUGUUAAGUUUUUAUUCUGUAGGUCUUGGGAAGCAAUGAACAGGAAACGACCUGAUAACUAUAGUACAAAGAAAGAGAUUGUGAGAUGGGGAGUGAGAACAAGGAGAUAAUUCCCAAGGAAGAAAUUUCUGAAGAAUCUGAGCCACAUGGAGCAGUAUUAGAAAAACUUCCAAAGGUAGUUUACGAGAGUCAUGAGUUUGGAGCAGCAUGUGAACAAGACUUGUUGGAGGGGCAUUCAGGAGGGUCCAUAGACGAGAUUAUGGAGCAGAUGUCUCCUCAGGAGAGAGACUUUGCAUCAGGGUUGAUUAUCUUUAAGAAAUCACCCUCAAGUGAAACAGACCAGGAGAAUGAGAAUGAAAGAGUCUGCAAUCCCAGCCCAAACCUGAUUACACAUCAGGGAGAUAUCACAGCAGAGGCAGUUAGUACAUUUGCUACCCCUGGCCAAAACUUCAUAGAGAAUUUGGAACCUAACAGAACACAGAGAAGUUGUGUGGGAGAAAAGCCUCAUACAUGUAAAGAAUGUGGGAAAGCCUUUAAUCAGAAUUCACAUCUUAUCCAGCAUAUGAGAGUUCAUAGUGGAGAGAAACCUUUUGAAUGCAAAGAAUGUGGAAAAACAUUUGGAACUAACUCAAGCCUUCGCAGACACUUGAGAAUUCAUGCUGGAGAGAAACCUUUUGCUUGUAAUGAAUGUGGAAAAGCCUUCAUUCAGAGUUCACAUCUCAUCCACCAUCAUAGAAUUCAUACUGGAGAGAGACCAUACAAAUGUGAAGAAUGUGGUAAAGCCUUUAGUCAGAAUUCAGCCCUUAUUCUACACCAGAGAAUCCACACUGGAGAGAAACCAUACGAAUGUAAUGAAUGUGGGAAGACCUUUAGGGUUAGCUCGCAGCUUAUUCAGCAUCAGAGGAUUCAUACUGAAGAAAGAUAUCAUGAAUGCAGUGAAUGUGGCAAAGCCUUCAAGCAUAGCUCAGGCCUUAUUAGACACCAGAAAAUUCAUACUGGGGAAAAACCAUAUCUGUGUAACGAAUGUGGAAAAGGCUUUGGUCAGAGUUCUGAGCUUAUCCGGCAUCAGAGAAUUCAUACAGGGGACAAACCAUAUGAAUGUAAUGAAUGUGGAAAAACUUUUGGCCAGAACUCAGAGAUUAUUAGACAUAUUAGAAUUCAUACUGGUGAGAAGCCCUAUGUAUGUAAGGAAUGUGGGAAGGCCUUUAGGGGGAACUCAGAACUACUUAGACAUGAGAGAAUUCACACUGGAGAGAAACCCUAUGAAUGCUUUGAGUGUGGAAAGGCUUUUAGGCGGACCUCCCACCUUAUUGUCCACCAGAGAAUUCAUACCGGAGAGAAACCUCAUCAGUGUAAUGAAUGUGCAAGAACCUUCUGGGAUAACUCUGAGCUUCUUCUCCACCAGAAAAUUCACAUUGGAGAGAAACCUUAUGAAUGUAAUGAGUGUGAGAAAACAUUCAGCCAACAUUCUCAACUUAUCAUACAUCAGAGAAUUCACACCGGAGAGAAGCCUUACGAGUGCCAAGAAUGUCAGAAGACCUUUAGUCGGAGCUCUCACCUCCUCCGACAUCAAAGUGUUCAUUGCAUGGAAUGAUUUGCAAAAUAGGAACGUUUUCUGUGGGAAAGCUGAAUUCAGACUUAAUUCAUAACCUACACCCCAAGUUCUCAGAUCAAAUGAAUGGACAGAACCUCUGUCCUACUAGUUUUAAUUUAAACAGUUGGUCAAAUAGAAUGAGGCACUUUUAAGAAUUAUUCACUGAGAAGUUUCAAUGUACUGAGUUAAAUCAUAAAAGGUGUUUCAGGCCUUAAUAAUCCUCUGUCCCUUUUUCUGUCCCUUCCUCCUAGUGUGUCACUUUCCAUUAGGGUCUACAUACCAGCCAUCUAGCCUAAAUUGUUACUCUUUAGGAAAACCGGAGGAAUGUGAUCCACCACUUCCUGAGAAUGAGAGUCAACUCAUUGGACAUUGUCCCCUAAAAUGUUGGAAAGUUGUGGUCUAGAAGACACACUUAAUUCUCUUGUCCAACAUUUAGCACUGGAAUAAUUUAUAAGCUUUUAUUAGCUUCAAAAUCUUUCAAACAUGCUAUCAAGUUCCCAUAGAAGAUGGCAGCACUAAUGAAAUGGAAAUCUUUGGGUCAUUUCAUAUCUCCUGCUGGAAGAGGGUUCCAUGAUGGAGGAAACGGACAGGCAAUUUAUAGAAUCAUAAGUAAAGGUCCUUAGGAUCCAGAAGGGCUGAUGAGCAAGGCCAGGGGAUGAUAAACGUGAGGCCAGACUACUCAGCAUGGGCAAAGCGGCUGUUUAGCAGCUAUCUCACACUUUGGGCUGCUCGGACUGUCUGCUCUCAAGAACUCUGCUGCAUUCACUUUUGGCCCUGGCUAUUGCUGCUGCUGACAGAUCUGUGUCAGGAGGUAGCAGAGAGGACUGCAGCUUCACUAUCACCAGGCACCUGGCCGCAGUGAUGAGCCAGUUCACCUGAUUGAGCAGGGUCUCCUUGCCAAAGCACUUAAUGCUCUCAUGAUCUGAAGACCCCACUGAACUGAUAGGCCAGGAUGUGAUGGCCUCCUCUCAGUUUGCCCUUGGCCUUGGAAUUCUCUUCCUUCAGCAUCUCUACAUGAGUUUUGUGUGUUCUCCUUUGUGUUUUUUUCUUCUUUGAGGAAACACGUCCUCAAUUUUUCAUGUGUCCAUGUUUCUGAGACAGUGGGUGGGAGGGGGAAUUGCACUAAUGGGGAUUCAGCAGGCUGAGGGCCUGGUUUUAGAGCUAGACCUUGAAUAAGGCACUUCACCUGCUGGUCCCUAAUUUUUUCAUCUGUAAAAUGAGGGGAGUUGAACUAAAUGAUCUCUGAAGUUUCAACCAA